UUCACGUUCCAGGUAUGCAUCAGUUCCACCUACACCUACAACAUGAACAGGGUAUUACUUGUAGCUUGUGCUUUCGGGCUAGUACUGGCAGAACCCCCAGUCAAUACAUACUUGCCCGCAGCCCCAGGAUCUACAGCACUUGCUCGUCAACAGGGUUCUUCUCCUGGUGGUAGGUCCGGAUCUCCUUCGACACAGUACGGCGCACCUUCUGCAAACGCCAAUUUUGGCGCUCCGUCAUCUCAGUACGGAGUCCCCUCGGCUAACACGGGAUUCGGUGGUUCUUUUCCCAGCCAACCCGCCUUCGGAUCUCGAUCAGGAUCUCCUUCAACCGAAUACGGAACUCCUUCCGCAUUCGGUGCUUCUGCUAGGACACCAUCAGCUCAAUACGGCGUACCUUCUGAUCACUCCGGAUUUGGAACGCCUUCCGGCCAAUACGGUGCACCCUCUGGUCAUUUAGCUGGACAGUCAGGCCGUUCCGGAUUUGGAACACCUUCAACCCAAUACGGAGCACCAUCGGCUCAAUUAGGUCCGCAAUCUGCCCGUUCUGGAUUCGGAACCCCGUCUACGCAAUACGGAGCACCCUCUGGUCAAUUAGCUGGACUGUCAGGCCGUUCCGGAUUUGGAACACCUUCAGCCCAAUACGGAGCACCAUCGGCUCAAUUAGGUCCACAAUCUGCCCGUUCUGGAUUCGGAACCCCUUCUACUCAAUACGGAGCACCCACUGGUCAAUUCAAUGGGCAGCCUGAACGUUUCGGAUUUGGUACUCCUUCUACCCAAUACGGAGCACCCGCUGGUCAAGGCCUGCAAUCUGCCCGUUCUGGAUUCGGAACUCCUUCAACUCAAUACGGUGCACCCUCUGGACAAGGCCCUCAAUCUGCUCGUUCUGGAUUCGGAACUCCUUCAACUCAAUACGGAGCACCCGCCGGCCAAUUGGGCUUGCAAUCUGGCCGUUCUGGAUUUGGAACUCCAUCUGCCCAAUACGGUGCACCUUCAGGAACAGGACUUUUCAGACAAACCCCUAGCUCUCAGUACGGAGUUCCCGGUGCAGGAGCAGUAACCCCCUCUUCCCGUGCAGGUCGUCCCGGUUCUCGUGCUGGCUCUCCUUCUCCCCAAUACGGUGUUCCUGGUGUCGGAUUCGGUGCUGGCUCUUCAUCUCCUUCUGCCCAAUACCCCGGAAAUUUCGGCUCCACUUACGACGAUGCCAGCAACGACGCCGUAGUCGUUAAUGCAGCGAGAGGAUCUCAGGGAUCGUACCCUACGUCGGGAAGAUCUGGUCUUCCAAGGGACGGUUUCCAGGGCGGAAAUGAUUACGCCAGAGGAAGCCAAGGCUACUCAGGAGUCGAAGACGAAAACUCGGAACCUGCCAAGUAUGACUUCAAAUAUGACGUAGCGGAAGACGCCGUCGAGUUCGGCCACGAAGAACAGAGAGACGGGGAAAACGCGAGCGGCUCCUACUACGUUUUGCUGCCCGACGGCCGUCGCCAGGUCGUCCACUACACGGCCGACGUCGAAGGAUUCCACCCUCAAGUUUCCUACGAAGGAACCGCAUCUGACGGUCUCGGAGGUUUUGGCGCUGGUGCUUACAGCGGAGCCGAUAACGACCUUUCCGGUGGAUACGCAAAUGGGCAACAAGCAGGUGGAAGGACCGGCAACCAGGGAUAUCAAUCUGGAACGGGAUCUCGUUCUGGGCCCUACUUGAAUCAACUUACCAGCCUCCCAGGUAUAAAACAAGACAGCUAUUUCUCAGAGACCAGUUCAAAAUUUGUAGCCAACAUGAAGGUGUUUGUAUUGCUCAGCAUCGUCAGUGCUUGCGUAGCUGAAUAUGGAGGCAGAUCGGGCGGAUACGGGGGUGGCCCGGCCAGAUCUCAUUUCUCUGGAUACCAGACGAACGGCUUUUCCGGAGUAGCAGGUAGGGCGGGAGGGUACUCUUCCGGGGCGGCCGGAUAUCCCUCGGAAAAUGGAAAUUUUCCUUCACAUACAGCCGGCGGUUUCUCUUCUGCAGCGUCGGGAUAUCCCUUGGGAAGGGCCGGAGGUUUUACCGGCGGUCAUAACGGCUAUACUUCCGGAACCGCGAGCAGGACGCACGGAUACAAUGGUGGAAAUCAAUACGCAAGACAAGGAGAAAAUUAUGAUAAUUCCGAACCGGCAAGACAUGAAUUCAAAUACGACGUCAACGACCCGCAGUACGGAGUUGAAUUUGGACACCAGGAGCAGAGAGACGGAGACUAUUCCCAAGGGUCCUAUUACGUUCUUCUUCCUGACGGAAGGAAGCAGUUGGUUGAAUAUACAACUGAUGUUGAAGGCUUUCACCCGAGAAUUUCAUACGAAAAUGUCUCCGAAUAUUCUGCGAACUACGGACGGGCCGCGACUCAUGGAUUUGGAAAUUACAGAUCAGGAGAUUAUACCACAGGAGGCUACCAGUCCGGUGGCGUUGCCUCAUCAAGAAACGGACUUACCGGCUACCAGACCAGAAGAAGCGGCGGCCAUGCUGGAUAUUAGUCAGGCUGAAUAGUUACCUAAGUGCAUAUUUAUUUAUCGAACCGUACAUAAUAAAAUUUUGAAAGCUACAAAAACAUAGAUUUAUUGACUUAUUUUGGUUGACACAAAACCCAAACCUGAAAAAAUAAUUUCAGCGCAUUAGUUUGGAACGUGAUUUAACUAUGUACCUUUUACCAACCCUUUGUUUCGAUAGUCCUUUCGGAAGCCACUCGACCUCUCACGCCGCGUGAUUUGAAAUGUGCCACUUCCCAUUCUUCUAGUUUGUAACACGAUUGUGUAACCGAUUGAAAAAUUACUUAUCGAAUGAUUUUUAAUUGUCUUCGAAGGAGUUAUCGCGUAAGAUGUGCUUUCAAAUCGACCAGGAUGAAUCCCGCUACAGAUAUUGUGUAAUAAAGUAAUAACCUAGAUGAACCUCUCUUAGUUCGACGGCGUACUGCACCUACAUAAAUCACAUUGCAAUACGUUGAUAAGUCAUGACUUUGGACUUUUACUCUUUUAUAAAAUAUUGUUCCUGUAGCAAUAAAAUAA